AUGUCUAGUGCUGAAGUCGCCGAUAAUUCCGUUGACCCCCCGGCGAAAAAGCGGAAGCUAAACACAGGAGAGGCGAGUUGCAAAUCCUCAGCAAUGGCGAACAAUGGAACGCGUGUGGAGGAUGAAAUUGACGAAAGCUUAUAUUCACGACAAUUAUACGUACUCGGUCACGAUGCUAUGCGCCGAAUGGCAAAUUCGGAUGUUUUGAUAUCUGGUCUCGGAGGUCUUGGUGUAGAAAUUGCCAAAAAUGUGAUACUCGGCGGAGUCAAGUCAGUAACUCUUCAUGAUGAAAAAACCUGCACCAUCGCUGAUUUAUCAUCUCAGUUUUACCUGUCCGAGUCAGAUAUUGGUAAAAACAGAGCAGAAGCAUCCUGUGAACAGCUUUCAGAACUGAAUCGUUACGUGCCGACUACAUCAUAUACCGGACCACUCACUGAAGAGUUUCUGAAGAAGUUCCGUGUUGUAGUAUUGACUGGCGCUUCCUGGGAACAACAGGAGCAAGUUGCUGCUAUAACACACGCUAACAACAUAGCUUUAGUCAUUGCAGACACCCGGGGUCUGUUUUCUCAGGUUUUCUGUGAUUUCGGGUCCGAAUUCACGGUGCUAGAUGUGACCGGAGAGAACCCUGUAUCAGCCAUGAUAGCCGACAUUACCCAUGAGUACGAGGCUGUUGUGACAUGUUUGGAUGAUACUCGUCAUGGACUGGAAGAUGGAGAUUAUGUUACAUUUAGUGAGAUUCAAGGUAUGACUGAGUUAAAUGGCUGUGAGCCACGUAAGAUCAAGGUGCUGGGACCAUAUACCUUCAGUAUUGGAGACACAACAAGCUGCUCUAAGUAUGUCAGAGGUGGCAUCGUCACUCAAGUCAAGAUGCCCAAAAAACUCAGCUUCAAACCUCUUAAAGAAUCCAUCAAGAAUCCAGAGUUUUUGAUCACCGAUUUUGGUAAGAUGGACUAUCCUCAACAACUGCAUGUAGGGUUUGCAGCCCUCCAUAAGUUCCAAGCGGCUGAGGGUCGAUUUCCCAAACCUUGGUGUAAUGCUGAUGUUGACAAAUUCAUGGGCUUCGUGGAUAAUAUUGUCCAAAGCGAGGAAUUGUUUAAAAAGGGUGAAAUUGAAAUUAAUAAGGAACUGCUCGAAACAUUCUGCAAGGUCUCAGCUGGAGAUCUUAAUCCCAUGAAUGCUGCAAUAGGAGGUGUGGUCGCUCAGGAAGUAAUGAAGGCCAGCUCCGGCAAGUUCCAUCCUAUUGUUCAGUGGCUGUACCUUGAUGCUAUCGAGUGUCUUCCAAAAGACAGAUCGGGUCUCAACGAGGAGUCCUGUAAACCUGUUGGCUCCCGAUAUGACGGCCAGAUAGCAGUAUUUGGACAAAAUAUACAAAAGAAGAUUGGGGAGCUGAAGUAUUUCAUUGUUGGUGCGGGCGCCAUUGGUUGUGAGUUACUGAAGAACUUUGCCAUGAUGGGUGUGGGUGCAGCAGGCGGUGCAGUCACCGUCACUGAUAUGGAUCUCAUUGAGAAGUCUAACCUCAACCGACAGUUCCUCUUCAGACCUCAAGAUGUUCAGAAACCCAAGUCUAGUACAGCUGCCAGGGUCAUCAAACAAAUGAAUCCAUCAAUGAACGUAAUAGCCCAAGAGCACCGCGUGUGUCCCGAGACGGAGUGUGUAUAUGACGACGCGUUCUUCGAGGCCCUGGACGGAGUGGCCAACGCCUUGGACAACGUGGACGCCAGGAUAUACAUGGACCGGCGAUGUGUGUACUACAGGAAGCCCUUGUUGGAGAGUGGCACGCUCGGCACGAAGGGCAACACUCAGGUGGUGGUUCCCUUCCUGACCGAGUCCUACAGUUCAUCUCAAGACCCUCCAGAGAAGAGCAUCCCUAUCUGUACCCUCAAGAACUUCCCGAACGCCAUCGAGCACACUCUACAGUGGGCGCGGGAUGAGUUCGAGGGUCUGUUCCGGCAGGCCGCGGAGCACGCCGCGCAGUACCUGAGAGACCCACACUUCCUCGAGAGAACUAUGAACUUACCGGGCAGCCAGCCGCUAGACGCGUUGGAGAGUGUUCAGAACGCGAUCGUGGACCGCCCUAUGAACUUCGACGACUGUGUGACCUGGGCUCGCAUGCACUGGGAGGCUCAGUAUUCCAACCAGAUCAAACAGUUGCUAUACAACUUCCCGCCGAUGCAGGUCACAUUACUGGGCGCGCCCUUCUGGUCCGGACCCAAACGGUGUCCUUCACCACUAGAAUUUGACCCUGAAGAUGAACUACACAUGGACUACAUCGUGGCCGCCGCUAACCUGAAGGCUCAGGUGUAUGGAAUACCCACGUGUGUGGACAGAGAGAGGAUCGCUAAGGUCGCCAUGUCUGUAGAGGUGCCUAAAUUCAAACCGAAGUCGGGAGUCAAAAUCGCCGUGACGGAUGCUCAGCUGCAACAGAGCGAUGACAAAAUGGACCAAGAUAAGGUGGAGACCAUAGUGGACAACCUGCCCCCGCCGAACAAACUCGGCAACCUCAAAAUAACCCCGCUGGAGUUUGAGAAGGACGAUGACACCAACUUCCACAUGGACUUCAUCGUGGCCGCGUCCAACCUGCGCGCCGCCAACUACAAGAUCCCGCCCGCAGACAGACAUCGCUCCAAGCUCAUCGCCGGCAAGAUCAUCCCCGCCAUCGCCACCACCACGUCCGUGGUCGCCGGCCUCGUGUGCCUCGAGCUGUACAAGCUGGCCCAGGGCUUCAACACUCUAGACGUGUUCAAGAACGGCUUCGUCAACUUGGCCCUGCCGUUCUUCGGGUUCUCCGAGCCGAUCGCCGCGCCCACCAACACGUACUACGACAAGAAAUGGACCCUCUGGGACAGGUUCGAGGUGAAGGGCGAGAUCACGCUGCAGGAGUUCAUAGACUACUUCAAGAACGAGCACAAGCUGGACAUCACGAUGCUGUCGCAGGGCGUGUGCAUGCUGUACUCGUUCUUCAUGCUAAAAGCCAAACGCCAGGAGCGCCUCAACCUGCCCAUGUCGGAGGUGGUGAUGAAGGUGUCCAAGAAGAAGCUGGAGCCGCACGUGAAGGCGCUGGUGUUCGAGCUGUGCUGCAACGACGAGGACGACAACGACAUCGAGGUGCCGUACGUCAAGUACACGCUGCCCUAA